CUGGUGGGAGGAAUCCUCUUGGAAGGAAAGAGCUGUUAGGUUGAGUCAAGGUUCAAUUGAAGAAAAUAAACCACUCGCAGAAAACGUCGAUGCCAUGCUCUAGAAGCUUCGCACUUCAAUGAAGUUUUCAACUGGCUGACUACCUUCGAGAGACACAGGUAAUGAUUCCGCUGGCGAGAGUGAGAUAGGGAGAUUGUUUUGGCCGGCAGCUUGUCGGAUGGUUUGGAAACUCAGUUAAAAGAAUGCACCACAACCAACAAUACUCCUUGGUCCUUGAUUGAUCGAUAAUCAGCCGACGGGGAGCUCAACAUGCAAUAAAGUUCAUUGAAACUGUUCUCAAUGUGACAUUUAUACUGAAUUAAUAUUAAUGACUGGAUCUCGAUUCUCUCGUCAAUCCCGUUCAGAGCAUGAGAGUAGCAAAGUUAUGCCUGCUGCCAUCAUGGGUGGGGAUGAAAAGGGUGAAGCGCAAUCGAGCGAUCCAAUCGAAAAAGUCACAGAUACGGAUUGGGAUGAAUUCUUAAGAAGCAACAAUCACUCGAAUAUCAGGAGUAAACUAAGGAGUGUUUCGCUGGGCGACAGGAUAUCUCUAAAAAGAAAAGGAAAAAAUCCCACCUCGCACACAGUUUUUUAUUCCGUCUUAAAGAACACCACGAAUGGUGACCAAAUCCUUCUAGAUGUGUUGGAUGAGUGCGUUUCAGCCACAAUGGAAGACGAGAAUGAUCCCAAGUAUGCAGUUCAAAUCGAUUUGAGUCCAAUUUUGGCGGGAGGCGAAGAUGCCAACCAGAUUGAUGUAGUGAAAGAUAUGUUGGAAUUCAAAAACACGCCAGCCAAGGAAGUGCUCAAGCAUCCGGUGAUGGAAACUUUUCUAGAUCUGAAAUGGAGGAAGAUCAAGAACUUGGUCAUGAUCAACUUCGCCAUCUAUUUCAUCUUCCUAUUGUCCUACUCGUUGUUUCUGGGUAAUAUGUUUUAUAGGCAAGACAGAAAUCGAUCGGUCAAGCUCAGUGACCUAACAGUGCAAAACAAUCGCAUUGUAUUUCCAUCCGAUUUUCAAGAGGUCGCCACCGACUCCGACGAAGAACCUUUCGUGAAGCGUAGCUUUCUUCAAUGUUUGACCUCAAACAAUGAGCAUUUCGACUGGACUUGCGUUGUCGAAGUGAUCAUGGCCGUGUCCAUAUUCCUCCUUUUGGCGCAAGAAAUACUUCAGUGCUAUGCUUUAGGUGGGCGACAGUACUUUCGGGAAUUGGAGAAUUCCCUCGAACUCGCUGUUUUGAUCUUGGCCAGCAUUGGCCUCGGAGUCCAGAGUGAUAUGGGUGCUUUGAAGUGGGUGUCGGCCUUUGGAAUCACCUUAGGUUACCUCCAGCUCAUUUUCCUCAUGGGCCGCUAUCCGUUCUUGGGGGGCAGUAUUAGUCUAAUGUUUUACAGCAUCAUAAGACGCCUGGCCCGAAGUCUGAGUAAUUUCCUGGUCCUGGUUGUGGGAUACUCCUUCGGGUUCUUCAUCAUGUUCCAAGACAAAGAAGACCAUUAUUUUCAAAAUCCUCUGAAAGCAUUUGUGCGCACUCUCACGAUGGUAUUUGGCGAAUUUGAAUUCACACAAAUGUAUGAUGCCCACUCCGAAGAUAAGUAUUCGUUGAUGUUCACCAUGGUACUUUUAGUAUCUUUGGCAGUUAUGGGCUCAUUGGUGUUGAUCAACUUAAUCGUUGCUUUGAUUGUCUCGGACAUCCACGAACUUCAAGAGCAAGCUCGAUUACAAGAGUUGGUGAACAAGGCCCAACAUGUGGUACACAUUGAUAGUCUUUUGGAUUAUGUGUUCCGGUGUUGUUCCCAAAUUCGAGGACGUCUGCGCAUUUCAAACCAGGUGCGGAUUUGUGCCCACAACUUGUGUAAUUGUGACGCAAGAAAGAUCCGAUCUCAAAUUGCUAAAGAUUUGAAACUAAUCGUUCACAAAAGAAGCAUUUUGAAAGAAAUCGAAGACUUGACCACUGGCUCGACAGAGGAAAGGUACGUUGAAGACAUGACCAACGCCAUGAUGAGAUUGGGGCGACAAAACAAACAGCGUUUGGCACAAUCCAGUACGAAUGUAUUCACUGCUUUGGCUGAAAUCUUGAUCGAUGGGAGCAUGGAAAGAUGCAAAUGAACACUUCAAAAACCAAGCCUCCGCCGUCAUUUCAUUACCAGAGCAUGUCAGUGUGUGUGCGGUAAUCUUGGAGAACACUCCUGAAACCGGCCUGGCCUGCCUUAGAGUUAUGAACAAGUUGAUCGACGCCAUUCAAAGGAUCCACUGACCCUCGGCGAAGGCGUUUACAAUGCGAAAUUUACAGUAUGUGAACACUGUACAUCAUGUGAAUUACAUAAUUCUAUGUUGCCUAAACCACAACAUUCACACUCACACAUAAA